UGGUAGAAACCAUUUUAUUUUUAAAACCUAGAAUGAUGUCAGUUCUUUGUAUAAAGACUAACAAUAUAUAUAUGACACAACUGCCUGAAAUCAUGAGUGGGAAACAAACACUCAUGCAGAAUAGAUAGAUACAUAGUGAACUUACAAUGUGGUGAUCAUCAAAAACAUCUUCACUCUCUCAACACACGUGUGCAAUGCCAACUCUUGCCAUUUCACUCUCCUUCCACAAAGACACGUACACACAAACACUUAUCCACUUCACCAUUUCUGCCCUAUAAAGUCACCUGCUUUCCUUCUGAUAUUUUCCUCUACACACAAACCUAAAAGAUAACCCUCAAACCAACAAUGUUAACUUCUAUGACCAAUGCCGGAAACAAUGGCGGCUCCGGCGGUGGUGGCGGAGGGAGGAGACAGGACCGGAAGACGACGGCGCAGGCGAGUUCGAGAAAAGGGUGCAUGAGAGGGAAAGGCGGACCGGAGAACGCUUCGUGUACGUACAAAGGCGUCCGCCAACGGACGUGGGGAAAAUGGGUGUCGGAGAUCCGUGAGCCAAACCGCGGGAGCCGUGUUUGGCUCGGGACUUUCAACUCUGCUCGGGAAGCCGCGAUCGCGUACGACGCGGCUGCCCGGAGGUUGUAUGGACCCAAUGCCCAUGUCAACCUUCCCGAAGAGACCGCGAACGCGCCUCCUCCGCCGCCUGCAGUUACCGAGGCGGCGAAUGAGGCGCGGUACCACCGCGCGAUGCAACAAAUGAAGAAACAACAGGAGUUUGAACGGCAGAUACAAAUUUACAUGCAACAGCAACAACAACAGCAAAAGAUUAAAGUCGAAAGCGUAACUAUGCCGGAUAUCCCGGAUCUUAAUGCACACACGGUCGGAAACCAUUAUAGAUCAACGGCGGAUAGUUCGAUGGAUCCGAAACCAUCGAACGGAAACCUGACCACCAACUUGCCCGAGUUUGACGACUCGGGUUUGUGGACGGAAGCGGCUUCGACGAUGGACUACCAAUCGCAAGUGAUCGAUCCUGGAAUCGGUGCAUCGACAUUCAAUGAUACAAUUGGCAUUGAAUUGAACCAUCCAUUAAUGGUGUGAUUAUCUUUAUCCGGUGCUUAUUUAACUCGUCGGAAAAGAUUUGGUGGCAAGUUAGUCGUGUCACGUGACACAAUAUAGUGUGAAUACUUGAAAUAAUAAUAGUAUGUAGUAUAUAAUAUUUAUAUUUAUAUGAGAUAAAGGAAGAUACAAAUAUAGAUAUGAUGCAACAGUGUCACGUGAUAUGGGAAUCAUAAAAUGGUAAGUGUUUAUUUCGAGAUAUAUGAUA